CUUUGGGCAGGGGGCUGGAUUUGAUGCCUCCUGAGGUCUGUGCCCACCCUGGGAUUGUAUGAGUCUAUGAUUGUUUGCACAGCCUGCCUGGUGCUUUCGGUUUCCCCGCAGGCAGGAAGAGAAAGAGACAACAUGUCCGAAACUCUCCUAACUCUCCUGUGCUUUGUUAGUUAGUUUCAGGGGGAGCCGAGCUCGUCUGACCAGGGUAAACGUACACACCCACAAAUGCUCUGCUAGCACUCUAUAGACUAACACACCAUGUAGACGGUGUCUUGAGCGUUCGCGGGCACAGCCGCUUCUUCAGAUGUCCCAGACAGGGAAGCUCUCAGAGAUGGAAGCUAGGCAGCCUCUGACCUUGGGCCUGAUCCUUCCUCCUGCGCAGUCUUAGGAGUGUCCAGCUGGCAUCGUAAGUGAUCUGCAGUAAGAGGAACUGAGCCGUUGCUGAAGGCUGCCAUGAUUGAUAAAAAGGAAAUUGAGCACCUGAAGGCCAUCGCUGAGACAGGAAACAUCACAGAAGCUGCUGCUAAACUGCAGGAGAAGCUGAAGUCAUUGGAUGAAACCCCACUAAACAUCGCCAUCACGGGAGAGUCGGGAUCAGGGAAAUCAUCCUUUGUCAAUGUCAUCCUGGGCCUGCGUGACGAUGCUGAAGGUGCUGCAGCGACGGGGGUGAUAGAAACAACGAUGGAGCCAAAGGCUUAUUCACACCCCACUCUGCCAAAUGUAAAAUUAUGGGACCUGCCAGGAAUUGGGAAACCCGAUUUUCAGGCAGACAAUUACCUCAAGCAGGUAAAUUUCAACAGCUACGACUUCUUCAUCAUCAUCGCCUCACAGCGCUUCACUUCCCACCACGCCUCCCUGGCCCGUGAGAUUCACAAGAUGGGCAAGAAGUUUUAUUAUGUGCACUCCCACGUGGAUAAUGACUUGAAGGGUGAAAAAAGGAAAAGCAAUUUCAACAAGGAGAGAACCCUGAAUCAGAUCAGGGAGAAUUGCAUAAAGAACCUGAGAGAAUUAGGUGAAGCCUCCCCAAGGGUUUUCCUGAUCUCCAACUGGGAACCAGCUGACUAUGAUUUCCAGCUCCUGCAGGAGACACUGGCGAAUGAGCUGAAUGGUGAGAAGAGACACGUAUUCAUCCUGGCCUUGCCCAACAUCUCGGCAAAGAUUGUGGAAAAGAAAAAGGCUGAACUGCAGGAGCGUAUCUGGGAAGCAGCCCUUGUGUCAUGUGCUAUCGGUGCUCUUCCUAUUCCAGGCUUCUCUCUCGUCUGUGAUGUAGUCAUCUUGAUGUCUCGCAUGAGUCUUUUUUGCAAGUACUUAGGCUUGGAUGAGGAAUCUCUCACCAACCUGGCCAGGCAGGUUGACAAACCUGUUGAAGAGCUGAAAUCUGUCAUCCAAAAGUCUCCACUGGCCUCGACAAUAACAAAAGACUUUGUAAUGAGUCUUCUUUCUAAAUGUAUAGUUGGAAGCCUGAUGGCAGUUGAACUUCUUCUGGAUUUUGUACCAGUCCUUGGCUCCCUGGCAGGUGGAGCACUAUCUCUUGGGACCACAUACUACAUGCUGAAGAGCUUUCUGGAUGAUGCUGCGGAAGAUGCUAAGAAAGUUCUGACCAAGUUCCUUGAACUGAAAGCUGAAAAAGUUGCACAGCAGUAACAAGACGAUCUACACGUGUACAAAGAAAACCCUCCGUGCCCAGCCCAGCCCCAUCAGAAUCUCUAGAAGUGGGUGAGAACAACAAAACCAACAGACACAAAACUCCACCUGAAUCCAAUAAACAGCAGAGACAACGACCGAGUCAGAUCUCACAGGAUACGGGUGAAUCAAAAGCUUGUCCCUUCUGUUGCAAUAUCUCCAGGGGCUCACAACUGAGACCCCCCAUCUCAGCCCAGAGACAGAAAUGGAGCAAAAACAAUGAAGAGGCCUGUGCCACCUUAAAGAUUCUGAGGUUUAUUAGGACGUAAGUGUGGAUGGCUUUAUCGCACAUGGUCAGAUGCAUGAAGUGGAGAUUUGGCAGAGAGCGAUCCAUCCAUGCAGAGAUGUGAGUGUUACAUUACUACGUGGAGGGUCAGUGCUAUCCACACUAAUCAUUCACCCUGAUUGACUCCUCCUUGUUUUUGCUGAAACAGACUAAGACAGCAUCUCUCACAAA